AUGGCUACUUUUUCACUCCCCGCCGGCCUUCCUGAAACGGUCAAGGCCGUCUUGCAGCCCGACAUCCAGACGACUGACCUCGUCCUCACCACGAUCCCGCUGCCCAAGCCCACACACCCAGACGACGUCCUCGUCCGUGUCCAUGCCUCCGCGCCGUGCAACGGGGAGCUGCUGUGGGCCAAGAACUAUCCGGCCAUGAUCCCCGCGGGCAAACUCGCCGUGGUCGGCCAGGACAUGGCGGGCACCGUUGUUGCGGCGCCCGCUGCCUCGGGCUUCACGGCCAGCGACGAGGUGUUCUGCCGCAUCGACGCGGCGCGCCCGGGCAGCGCGAGCGAAUACACGCUGGCACGGGCCAGCGAGCUGGCGCGGAAGCCCAGGACGCUGAACUGGGUGGACGCGGCAUCGGUGCCGCUGAGCGCGCUGACGGCGUGGCAGGCCGUGUUUGAGCAGGGGUCGCUGGAGGCGGCCGGGCUCCGAGGCGACGCGGCGGCGCGCCAGCGCAACGGCGCCAAGCGCGUGCUCGUGACGGGCGCGUCCGGCAGCGUCGGCCGCUGGGCCGUGCAGCUGGCGGCGCUCGCGGGCGCAGGCGCUGUGGUGGCUCUCGCGGGCGCGGCGCAGGGCCCCAAGGCAGACGCCGUGCGGGCUCUGGGCGCGACCGAAGUGGUCAGCUACCGCGAGACGACGCUCGACGACUGGGUGGCUGCGGACCGGGCGGCGCGCGAGUGCGAUCUCGUCGUGGACAUGGUCGGCGGGUCGACGCUCGCCGGCUGCUGGAGCGUCGCCAAGGCCGGCAGCGGCGAGCUCAUCAGCGUCAACACGCCGCCGGACAUGGCCAAGCCCGCGACGCUGAGCAGCAAAACACUGGGCAAGAGCCUCUUCUUCAUUGUCAGCCCGCGCGGCAGCGACCUGGUCCAGAUUGCCGAGCUCAUUGAUGCCGGCAAGCUCAGGCCCGCGGUGGACCGAGCCUACGCCAUGGAGGACUUUGCGGCGGCGUUUGACCGGGUCGAGAGCGGAAAGGCACAGGGCAAGGUGAUUAUCAAGAUCAGCGACGAGGCAUGA